GGUGUCGUCCAGCGCCCUCCUUCAAUCAAGGCGCGGGAACAUCUGGCAACAAGGCGACGACAGUGUUAACCCCCCACUCGACAACGCCUUCACCCCCACCACGCCGGAGGGUGGCCGCACCGGCGGCGAACACGACCACUACGCUGCCGGAAGAAUUUGGCAGGCACAUGUCGGAGUCCUGUCGCCAACAAAUGCGCGGACCGACCACUGAGAACAUAACAAAUGAGGUGUCAAGGAUGUGUGUUGGAAGCGAUGCGAAUGCGGACGACACCCGGAGGGCGACUGGUGACGAAUCUUUGGAUUUUCAUUGUGUGGACGAAGCAGACGAUGCGGAAGAGUUGGAGAUUCGACCCCUGGGUGUGCGUGGUAGAGGGAGGGGUGGAUGCGGGCAUCAACAGAAUCGGGGAUCCUGUGGUGGUCGAAUAUCGAAGGUACCUGCAGGCGACAAGGGUGGCAAACAUCCGACUUGGAAUGUUGAGGAGAUGUUGAAGCUCGCUCGGACGAAGUGGGAUCGGCAAGCUCGUUUCGAUGGAAUGCCGCACAAUUACGGCCGCAUGCGCAAGGGGGAGAAGAUGUCUCAGCCGUUGAGAUCCCUUCGGCGGGGACGCCGACGCUUGGAUUUGGGUGAGACGGCGGAGGAAAGACGAGAGGAGGGAUGGCACAACGAGGAUGACGAGUCUUCUCGCAUGAGGAAGAAAAAAGUGCGGCAGGGGGAGGAGUUGGAGGCGAAGUCGAAGUUGUGGACAGACGGGAAGACAUUCCGGGGAAGUGGACCUGGUCGCCUGAUCGCGGACGCUGUGCAUGAUUGCGCUGACUACUAUUGUGCAAUCGUCAAUGGUGAUGUUGGCGCCUCCUCACCGCGUGGCCUCAUCAUGCCACCCCGUGACGUUCCGCGUUUGCGAAUCCAAGAUCUUGUGCAGCGGGACGCAACCCUUGGACGGGCGAGGAGGACAGAGAACGUCGCUAUGCUCGUCAUCCACGGGUGGAUCUUCAAGUCGUUUUCAAGAUCCGACGGUUUCGCCCAAACCGAGUCGUAUGUCUCCGCUGAUUACUCGACCAAUCUGGCGAGAGCAGUUUGGCAGAGCGUGGAGUGGUCGAGGGUAGUGUCACCUAGUGUUGUUUACCACACGCGCGCUCUGAGGAUGGACAUUCCAUUGUCUUACGCGGGGGCCUACAUCGAGGACAGGCCAAAGCACGAUGACAUGGCUGCCCAUCAAGAGUGCACGGUUUUGUGUUUGGCUUCCUGCUUUCACGAUGCGCUCCAAGGCGGCCAAUGGUCCGACAAUGGAAAAAUGUCCAAGUCAAGGUUGAGCAGAUUCGGGGAUGCCUUCCGCCUGCUUCUCACCGCAUGCAUGUGGAUCAUGUGCAUGGGAGGCGAUGACGUGCGCUCCCAUGAGGAGGCGUCGUACUACUCGCAGCUUGUGGCAAAGCCCACGCAGCCACGCUCAUGGCAACAGGGUCGCAGUCCUUCAGCUUGCGCUGACAUAUACUCCAGUCCGCAAAUGCAGUUUUGACUCGCCUCGGGAAGCCGCCCUUGACGAUGGGUGCGUAUCCCAACUACAUCCCGGAGUGGGCUUCGUGUGGAGUGCGGUUCAACUACCACGCUGGUUUGGCGGACCCCAACGUCGCCGCGAGGAUGGAUUGGAUGGGGACUGGACCUUUCAAUGGCGACCGGAAGGAGGACGGAGGCGACGACUAAGAAGGGUCCUGAAAGUGGUGGAGGUGCCAGUCCUGCACGUCGUGCCAUCCUUCUUUGGCCAUGAACUGGAAAGAUCUAGAGUCUUCGACGACACGCUCGUCGACGUAGAUUGUGAGUGUCGGGGGGGGGGGGGGGGGUAGGUAUGAGG